AUGGCAUUUGAAACAUUUGGUGGUUCUUUAAAGAAUUUUACAGCCAACGAAUUAGGAGCUUUCACAGUGUCAGCAGUGAUAGCAAGUCUUAAAAAAAAGGUUCCAAUCAAUUCAGUAUUCUUUGGAAAUGUUUUACAAACCGAUAAUACAGCUCCAUAUCUAGCUCUUCACGUAGGUUUAAGGGCUGGUUUACCGAUCGAAAUACCAGCUUUAACUAUAAAUCGACUAUGUAGAUCUGGUUUUCAAGCUCCGAUCCAAGAUGGGGAGUCAGAUUUGGUCUAG